CCUGUUGGAAACCCGCAGCUUUGGGCCUGGUCUCUGCUGCUCCCAAGCGGCCCCCUGGGGUACUGCCUGAGCGAGAAGUGCUGGAAAGGAGGACGAGUCAUCAAUGGGAGGAUCAGAUUGGGGGAGACACCCGGUGCAGUAGGCUGAGGGAGAAGGGGAGCACUAAGACCCAGGGGUGGUGGGGGACUGCAGCAACGAGCUGGAGGAGGAGAAGUAAGCGGUGGGGGGUGGGAGCCAUCUGGUACCUUGACUGUAUUUCAAAACAGCAUCGGCCAUCACAACAGAAAUGGCCAGUCAGUCCCAGGGUAUCCAGCAGCUCCUGCAAGCUGAGAAGCGGGCAGCUGAGAAGGUGGCAGAUGCCAGAAAGAGGAAGGCCCGGCGACUGAAGCAGGCAAAGGAGGAGGCACAGAUGGAAGUGGAGCAAUACCGCAGAGAGCGAGAGCAGGAAUUCCAGAGCAAGCAGCAGGCGGCCAUGGGCUCCCAGGGGAACCUGUCGGCUGAGGUGGAGCAGGCUACAAGGCGCCAGGUGCAGGGCAUGCAGAGCUCCCAGCAGAGAAACCGAGAGCGUGUCCUGGCCCAGCUUCUUGGCAUGGUCUGCGACGUCAGGCCCCAGCUCCACCCCAACUACCGGAUUUCUGCCUAGGACCACCGUAGGGCCUGACUCCUUCUGCCAGUUCCUUCCCUCAAAGAAAUCCUCCAAUCAAAAUAAAAAAUCACCUCCCACCAUAAUCCUUGUCUUCUUUCCUCCCCCUAGAAAUCCUAGGAGGCAGGAUUCGGUAGUUUUCUGUGAAACUUAUAAAUAUCCUUCUCACAUCUGAAUCUCCUUGUUGUUCUUUAACCUUCACUGGGACUUUGUAAACUCUCAAGUCAUUCUCACCUAAACCCUCUGUGAAAUUUGUAACAUGGGGAAGUAGGAAUGUGGAAAACAUCCUGACUUCAGCAUCUGGCAGAUGGGGGUCCCACUCCUGACUCUGUCACUUGCUGGCUGUGAAACCAGGACAAGCUACUUAACUUGGUAGCCUCAAUGUCCUCUCCUGUCAAACGGGAAUGAUAAUAAUGCCUACCCUGUGAGUGUUGCUUCAGUGAUUACGAAUCAUUCUGUAGAGUUAACAUAGUUCCUCGCAUGUAGUAGCAGUGAUUCAAUAAGUAGCAACCUUGUGAUACUAUUACCACCACCUGCACACUGCCCAAAACCGACACAGCUAUUUCCUCACUUCUAUCAGUGGCUCUCUAAUUCCACAUGUUCAUUCUGUGACCUUAGUUAUUUUCUGAAUAACUGGUUCUUCUUUUUUCCCAGAGACCUUCUGAUCUCCAAAAAGAGGAGAUGAUGACUUCAUUUAGCCCCUCUCUUACAAUUCCAGGUAGAUAACUGCAUUUUGUAGCCUGUCUUUGUUUUUCUUAUGCUGAUCUUUCUCUUUAUUGGAUUUUCCUCCUUUCCUAUUUCCCCAAAGACUUAUCAGAUACUCACUGCUUUCUAAGAUAUAAAAUGAGACUAUGUCCCCUCAUUUGCAUGGCCUGCCUUUCUACGUCCGUGAUGCCUUACUUUCCCAUUGUAACAAUAAAAAAAAAAAACUGUCAAUAAAAUAAUUAUUGGCAAAUAAACUGGUGAGUUGAA